AUGAAAGAAUUAUAUAAUGAGUACAUUACUGAUACUCAUUGGUUUUUAUUUGUUGAUGAUACUAGUUAUGUUGUUAUGGAAAAUUUAAGAUAUUUGUUAUAUCCUUAUAAUCCAAAUGAAAUUUUAGGUGUUGGUUUUGAUAUACAAAGUAGUGCUUAUAUCAAAUCAACUGGUACAUUACUUAGUCAUGGAAGUUAUCUUUUAAGUAAUGGUGCAUUAGAAAAAUUUGUUACAAAAAUAAUACCAAAUAUAAAAGAAUGUUCCUCAAAAGAAGGUAAUGAUGAUGACUUUGAAAUUUCAAAAUGUUUAUCACAAAUUAGAAUGCGGCAUAUAAAUUCAAAAGAUGAUCAUGGAUAUGAUAAAAUCAUAAAAUCAUCAUUAGUACCAAACUCUGAAAGAUGUGAAUUUGUUGAUUCAGAAGCAUUUCAAGCAUUGGGAAGAACAUUAUCCUCAAAACCAACAUACGCAGAAUACCCAAUAUCAUUUCACAAUAUACGUCUAGAUGCACAAUAUGCCAUGGAAUAUUUUCUUUAUCAUGCCUCAAUAAUCGGUAAACAAUCAUCGUUUUUUAAAAAAAUUUAUGAAAAAUUUUUUACUGAUGAAGAAUUAGAAAAAAUAAUAAUUGAAGAAAUUGUACAUUUAGCUCCAUUAUACGUUAUGGAAGAUAAAAAUUUGGAACAAUAA